GACUCGACUAGCUGAGAAAUUCCUAGAAUUCUGAGCAAGGCUUUAAAUCUCCACAGUCAAGAUGUGGGGCAGGCAUAACCUCCUGUCUUGUCAUAUCACACAGCACUCAAAAAGGAAGGGACAAGAGAGAUUCAUCAUUAAACCUACGGGGGACAAUGCACCGUGCCACAGUUUACCACCCCAUCCCAUACUCAGUCACCUUACCAAUAGAGGUGCUGGGUGUCGAAGAGGCUUUUCCCUUCCUGGAUUUGACUCUGCAUGAUUUGGGCAUCGACGUAGCCAGCAUAAAGGAGAGGGUAGUGUGGGUGGACAGCAGGCGGACUCAAGUACGAACCAAAACUGGCAAACUCAAGGAGAAGGAGAUACUCAUUCUGCACAUCAGAGUCAGCGCUGUACGACCGGGUGAUGGACAUGUCCAAGAAGUGACGUAUGGCUCAGAGAGUCACACUGACCGGCAGUACUUCAAGACGCUUGUGUCUGUGCAGCCCUGGGUGAAGGAGCCAAGCAAAGAUCAGUCCUGUAAUCAAAAACAGCAAGAUGAAGUAGAAAUGGUGAUCGCCAUUGACGGUGAAUCACACCCAAAAUGGCAGAAAACUGAAGAAAAAAAAGAAUUCUAAUCCAUCAUCAGUUUGUUACAUGGAAAGAAGUCACCUCAGUAAUGCUGCAAUUUAUAAGAUCCACCUAAUGAAUGGAGGCAAAGGAAGCAAAUAUUUUAACAUCUUCACAAAGUAGCUGAUCAGAAAACCAUGGUGCAUGAACCAUGUAUUCUUUCUUAAAGGUUUUAUGUGUACUGCCAUUAGUUUCUCCUUCUCCAUGUAGCUCUGUAUCCAGAAAUGGUGUACAUGACAGAUUAUCUAUACUCUCAAAUAAA